GGGGUGGUGAAGCUGGACCUGAAGACCAAGUCUCAGAGCGGAGUGAUGGAAUUUUCCACCACCGGCUCCACCAACACGGACACAGGGAAGGCUUCUGGGAAUCUGGAGACCAAGUACAAGAUGAAGGACCUGGGUCUGAGCUUCAGCCAGAAGUGGAACACGGACAACACCCUCGCCUCCGAGAUCACGCUGGAGGACCAGCUGGCCAAGGGGUUGAAGUUGACCUUUGACACCUCCUUUGUCCCGAACACAGGCAAGAAGAGCGGCAAGCUGAAGACGGCCUACAAGCGGGACUACGUCAACCUGGGCUGCGACGUCGACUUCGACUUCGCCGGGCCCACGGUCCACGGCGCGGCGGUGAUCGGGUACGAGGGCUGGCUGGCCGGGUACCAGAUGGCUUUCGACACCGCCAAGUCCAAGCUGGUGCAGAACAACUUCGCCCUGGGGUACCGCGCCGGGGACUUCCAGCUGCACACCAACGUGAAUGACGGUACGGAGUUCGGAGGCUCCAUCUACCAGAAAGUGAACGACGAGCUGGAGACGGCCGUGACGCUGGCCUGGACGGCGGGCAGCAAUAACACGCGCUUUGGCAUCGCGGCCAAAUACAAGCUGGACAAGGAUUGCUCUCUGUCUGCCAAAGUGAACAAUGCCAGUCUGAUCGGAGUGGGGUACACACAGAGCCUGCGGCCAGGAGUGAAGCUCACUCUCUCCGCGCUCAUCGAUGGCAAGAACUUCAACGCCGGGGGCCACAAGGUUGGCCUGGGGUUCGAGCUCGAGGCGUAGAGAAGGGAACGGAGGGGACGAGACGGAGACGGAUGGAGAGGAGGCUGGGACCCACCCCCCCCCCCACACUUCCCAGUGCCCCCACCCCUCCUCCUGGAAAGCAAGGACCCCCUUGCACUACCCUGAGCGCACACACAGACACACACACUCCCUGUGCACGGCCCCAGCACACAGAGCUUUGCCCUUUAUGGCCCGACUCACUGGCGGCACUCCGGCCUUAGAACCUGUCCUCCCCAGCUGGGUGUUGGCAUUAUCAAUGAAUGUGAUUAGCACUGUCUCCUGACCCCUGACCCCCAACCCCGACACACCCCCACCCGGUGCUCUCGGCUCUUGGGGAGAGACGGCGCAAGAGCCAGCCCGGAGCAGUGUGUUUACACCCCUAGUGGGCUCAGAGACAGCGACGUCACAGUGGCACCCGAGGGCACUGGGCACCGCGGAGGGCUCCUGUUCACACAGCUGGGCCAGCUCUCCGGCCCCGCUCUCUCUCCAAAACAUCAUCAUCUUCAUCAUCAUUGCGUCCUGGACGGUCCCUCUGCAUGCCGCCACACACCUUACUGUGUCGCUUCAGUACCGGGCCUGACCCGCAACGUACGGUUUGGAAUGGCUGUGUUGUGUUGGGAACUCUGAACCUCAAGUAACAAAAUUUAAAAAAUAUAAAUAAAAAUGCAAAAAAAAAAUCA